GAGAGUGCGGAACUGAAGCAAAUGGUGAUGAGCCUGCGGGUGUCGGAGCUGCAGGUGCUGCUGGGCUACGCUGGACGCAACAAGCACGGACGCAAGCACGAGCUGCUGACCAAGGCGUUGCAUCUGCUGAAAGCCGGCUGCAGCCCCGCCGUGCACAUGAAGAUCAAAGAGCUCUACCGACGACGCUUCCCUGCCAAAAUGGUGUCCCACUCAGAGCUGGCCCUGCCUGGACCGCACCACCCGGCCACAGCUGGAGUGGUUGGAGGAGGGGGCGCGGCGCUGCCUGCAGGCCUGACACAGCUGGCGUACGAGGGUCACGCCGGUCACGGUGGAACCCCGUCGCCCGCCGCCUUACUGCCCCUCUCACUGCUCGGCCCUGGGAAACAUGAGCUGACCGGCCUGACGCACCACCUGCCCACUUCAGCCACGCUGCAUCCGGUCCACCCAGAUGUCAAGCUCCAGAGGCUGCCCUUCUACGACAUGCUGGACGAACUCAUCAAGCCGACCAGUUUAGCGUCAGACAACAGCCAGCGUUUUCAGGAGACAUGUUUUGCCUUUGCAUUAACGCCACAGCAAGUUCAGCAGAUCAGCAGCUCGAUGGACAUCUCGGGGACCAAAUGCGACUUCUCUGUCCAAGUUCAGUUGCGGUUUUGCCUGUCGGAGACGAGCUGUCCUCAGGAAGACCACUUUCCCCCAAAUCUGUGUGUGAAAGUCAACGGGAAGCCAUGUAACCUGCCGGGUUAUCUUCCUCCAACCAAAAACGGUGUCGAGCCCAAGCGGCCCAGCCGGCCCAUCAACAUUACCUCACUGGUCAGGUUGUCCACCACCGUCCCCAACACCAUCGUGGUGUCGUGGACUGCUGAGAUCGGAAGGAGUUACUCCAUGGCGGUGUACUUGGUGAAGCAGCAGUCGUCCACAGUGCUGCUGCAGAGACUACGGGCAAAAGGCAUCAGAAACCCAGACCACUCCAGAGCGCUCAUCAAAGAGAAGCUAACAGCAGACCCAGACAGUGAAAUAGCCACCACCAGCCUUCGAGUGUCGCUGCUCUGCCCGCUGGGGAAGAUGCGGCUGAUGAUCCCAUGCCGGGCGCUGACAUGCUCCCACCUGCAGUGCUUUGACGCCACACUCUACAUCCAGAUGAACGAGAAGAAGCCCACCUGGGUGUGUCCUGUCUGUGACAAGAAGGCCCCCUAUGAGCACCUCAUCAUCGACGGGCUUUUCGUGGAGAUCCUUAACAGCUGCAUGGACUGUGAUGAGAUCCAGUUUAAGGAGGAUGGCAGCUGGGCCCCCAUGAGGUCUAAGAAGGAAGUGCAAGAGGUCUCCUCUGCCUCCUAUAACAACGGGCUGGAUGGCUCGUGUAGGACAUCUGCAGGUUCAGAUCAGCGGAGCUCCUCGUCGUCCAGCCACGGUGGCAGCGACGGCAGUAACAGCAAGAAAGUGGAAGUGAUCGACUUGACGCUGGAUAGCUCCUCGGAAGACGAAGGACAGGAUUCACCGCCUCCGCCGCUGCCUCCUCCAGUCAAAAGAGCGUGUCCCUCUUUGUCCCCGACCUCGCCACCCGUCAUCAACAAAGGUGUGUUGAACCUGCACCACCAGGCUUCUCCUGUGAGUCGAACUCCCAGCAUGCCAGCAAUGGACACCAGCUACAUCCCUCCCGUCCCCCCACUCAUCCAGGACUACAGACCCUACUACCACACCCCCAACGACCUGUCAGAGUUGAACUUCUUCUCUUUUCUUCAAGGUGACAAUCAUCAGUUGGCGCACUCGCAGUCCACAAGGGCCGUAGACGACUACAGGGGGUACUGCAUGGACCCUCACAGGCUUGAGCAGCAUUACAACAUGGUCAUGGCAGCGGCGGCAGCUGCGUCGGCCUCAGACGACCACGAGCUGCUCCUCAACCGCUUUCUGCCCUACAGCACCUCCUCCUCCGCCUCCCAGCUGUUCCUGGACCAAUCGGGAGCCUCCUCGGCCACUUCGCUGACGGCGCCGACCAACGGGGCGAGCAACUCGGGCAGCAGCAGCAGCCUGGUGUCGUCCAGCAGCCUCCGUGACACUCACUCCUCGCACUCGUCCUCGCACUCGGGCUCACACUCCUCACACACACAUCCCGGGGUGGUGGCCAGCCGGAGCAGCGCCGAAGCAGCAGUGGCAGCUAUUUACGGAGGGAUACCCGAUGUCAUAUCGUUGGACUGACCCACGAACAGCACUCUGGGCCCGGCUGCGAUCCAGUAACAAUACCAAUCACAAACUGACUGAAGGGUAAGGUUUUGAUCCAGGUAAUAGACUGGCCCCAAGUCCUCAAACUGCAGCUGUCGGAGUCGAGAAGAGCACUAAUAAUCUGAGUGUGUAACAGGUUUAAAGGGGUCCCUUCACUGGACUGACCUGAGAACAGUACUGAGUCAUCACUUAAAGGGGUCAGCUGUGUCGGCGUACUGACUUCAGAUCAGAAACCUGUCCAGCAUGUGAACCCACGUUUCUGCUAUACUGGUACCAACCUGGCACAAACAGCAAAAACACAAAGGAGGAAGGCUCUUUUUUUACACAGAGGAGUGGCACCGUGUACAGAGAACAAAAUAUAUUUUCCUCUUUUACUUUUGUAUGUUAAAUCGGGACAUUUUCAGUCUAGUGAGCUGCUUCAAUCGCUGUUUGUAAGCGGAGGACUGAGUUGUUGUUGUUUUUUUUUUCUUCUUCUCACACGAGCUUAUACAUAUGCCUGUUGCCAUAUGGUUAUCUUCUCUCUUAUCUCUAUCCUGUUUGGAUUUUCCGUUUGCAUUUCUCCAAGAUUGGCUUCAGUUCUCCCUCCUUUUCUCUCAUGUUUAGAUUUCCGGUGUAUUUUUUUCUCUGUCAAUGACAAGAACUUUUUCAGAUACUGAAUUUACAGUUUAUUCAUGUGCUAAUAAUUUUAUUAUUCUUUUAAGUUAUGUAUGAUAUUUAAGCAGUUAUAAAUAUAAAUAUAUAUAUAUAUAUAUAAAUAUAUAUGCAUUCCCUUUGACCUUCAGGUUAAUGCUGUAGGGAGUGUGUAGGUGGAAAUUAGCCAUUUCUGGUUUUUCAUUUUCACUCCUUCAUUUCCAACUCUUUAUAAAGACUCUGCCGGCAUACAGCAUUUAGAAAUGAGACUAUUUAUACUUGCCAAUUUAGAGUUUUGAGCUGGAAGAGUUUUGUUUUCCUUUUUUUGCACAAUGCCAAAAAAAUCGCGUACGGUACGUAUGAAAACGAUCACAAUAAUCGGAGUGCAGUCGCAUCUGUGUGCCACAGUGUUUCCAGUCAAGUGUCCACUUCUUCAGUCCGACUGGUGGUUGUUCAGACACUUAAACUCUGUCCCUUUGUGUCUUGUCUUCUCAGUUGACUGUUAAAAAGGAAUAACGACGAAGGUCAAGCUGUCGUAGCAGCGUCGGGCCUUUUAAAGACACAGGCGUCCGUAAUGUGUGACCAAGGUUAAACUAGUGCCUGUUUAUGUGCGUGCUUCACAGCGUGAAAUUAAUGUCUUAAAUGGUCGCCCACAACCUCCGCUUCAUCUCUCUCCGAGUGUUUUCUGAAGAUUCGACCUUUGACUGAUAUCUUUAACCAUCUAGGGAGUUAUCUUUGGGUUGUGAUAAAGCAUCCAAUAGUAUAAGCAGGCUGUUUAGUGCCACAGAUAUAAAAGGCGAUCUCAGCAUGCCAACUUAGACCAGGCACAGAGCCAGAUGAUUCAAAAACACAUUGCCUGUCUGGAGCUU